CACGUUUAGUAAGACCAGCAAGAUGGCGGCUGUGAAAGAUUCGCAGAAUCCUCAUCUUAUUGAUGAGUUAGAGGGAUCAUUUUUGAGUUGCAUGGAAAGUUUGACAUCUCAGGAAUAUUUCAAUGUGCAAGACUUGGAAGAAAUCAAAACAGGAAUGGAGUUAAGCUUACAGAAAUUUCUGGAACUGGCAAGGCAGACAGAGGCAUUCUUUCUUCAGAAACGUUUAAUACUUUCAAAACAAAAACCAGAACAGUUUGUUAAAGAUGAAACAGAAGAUUUACGUGCUGAACUCGAGAGGAAAGAUAUAAUGAUAAAAAAGCACCAGGAGCGGUUACAGAAAUGGCAGACAAUGUUAAAUUCUGUGAACAAAGGAUCUUUUUAUACCUCCCCACCUCAACAACAAAUGUCAGGUCCCUCUGGGGGCCAGCAGUACCCCUCCCACUCUGUCCCUCCAGGGCCCUUCACAGGGGGUGGGGGGAUGCCCGGACAAACUCACAUGGGCCUUUCCUCUACUGCCAUGUCAGGGGGCCAGUAUUCACAAACUGUACCGCAGCAGGCCUCUCAUAUGAUGCUGCCCAGACAGGGGUCUACAUCUGGUGUUCACCAACAACAGCCCCCUCCAGCCUAUCCCCAGGGGCCACUACAGUACCUAGAGCAAAGCAUGUCAAAUAUCGGAAUGCCACGAACAUAGUGUCAAAACUAUCAUUUUAUUGGCAAAAUUCUGCAUAUGUACCAGAAUAUAUAUAUACAUGUUCAUUUUCAUUGUUUUAUUUUUGAAGCAGUCUGUAUUGAAAUGCCCAAUUGAUAUGAUAAAUAAAGUUAUUAUGUAUGUUUA